CUCCCGUGGGAGACGCCUCCUGCUACCGCCUUCACUCUUUAGCCUGCUACUGGUCCUGCCUCGGCUCACUCCCUGGCGGCUCGUCCCAGAAGAACCAUGUGUGCUAACAAGGUGAUUGUUUACGGCGGAAGAGGAGCGCUGGGCUCCAAGGUUGUCCAGCAUUUCAAAUCCAAAGGAUGGUGGGUCGCGAACAUCGACAUGGCUGCCAACGAGGAGGCUAACGAGAACGUAAUUGUCAAGUUGACAGACUCUUUCUGCGAGCAGGCUGGUCAGGUCACAGCAGACAUGGCCCAGGUGCUCGGGGAGCAGAAGGUGGACGCCAUUCUGUGCGUGGCGGGCGGAUGGGCAGGAGGAAACUGCAGUUCUAAAGAUUUAUACAAAAACACAGAUCUGAUGUGGAAACAAAGCGUAUGGACUUCCACCAUCUCCACCCACCUGGCAGCGCUGCACCUGAAACCUGGGGGUCUGUUGACUUUGGCAGGGGCCAAAGCCGCUCUGUCAGGGACCGGAGGCAUGGUAGGUUACGGGAUGGCCAAGGCCGCCGUGCACCAGCUGUGUCAGAGUCUGGCCGCCAAAAACAGCGGGAUGCCUUCAGGUGCCACUGCGGUAGCCAUCUUGCCCGUUACCUUGGAUACGCCCAUGAACAGGAAGUUCAUGCCUGAUGCCGACUUCGGCACGUGGACGCCGCUGGAGUACGUCGCAGAAAUGUUCUUCAAGUGGGCCUCGGGCACCGGCAGGCCGGCGUCCGGAAGCCUGAUACAGCUGCUCACCUCCGGAGGGGAAACCCAGGCCACGGCCGCGCCGUAAAGCAACCCGGGGCAGCGGCGCCAUGGCGACAAGAGCCGCAGGAGGGGGGCGGAAGAUAAGGAUGGAGAGGUGAUAGAGACAAAGGGGCUCGGCAGGUGGUCAGGUGAUAGAGAGGUGGGGGAAAAAUAAAAGAGAAGGGAUGUGAGUGUUACAUGAAGGAUAACACCGCCAUCUAGCUGUGGACGGUAUAAUUGCAACACAAGAAAUGGAUUCGCGUGCUGUGACGUCAUUGUCUUUGUCCAUAACAUGACAAAAAUAAAAUUACUGAUGUGAUGUUGAAAAUUGAGUUGUAUUGUAAUUAUAAA